AAGAAGAGUCAAGUAGUGAGUCCGAGAUUCCUCUCCUCCUCCGCUACAGAAAGCACCCUGAAACAGCAACAGCAUGCCGUGCUGCGGAGUUCUGUGUCAGUAUGAAACCAACAAAUUGGUCCGGAUCCAGAGCGUUAAGCUCGGCUCUCUGAAGUGGAGCCUGAACGGAGGCAUUCUGCUGUUCAUCUGCAUCAUGUUGCUGUGGAACAGGAGCUACCAGGAGUUUGACCAGGUGGUGAGCUCUGUCACAACCAAGGUGAAGGGUGUGGCUCAGACGCAGCUCCCCGGGGUCGGGGACGUCGUCUGGGAUGUGGUGGACUACAGCGGGCCCUCGCAGGAAAAAAACUCCUUCUUUGUGGUGACCAAUGUCCUGAUGACAAAGAAUCAGAAGCAGGGGAAAUGCCCAGAGGUUCCCCUUAAAGGAAGAUUGUGUCGCAAUGAUAAGGACUGUGAGAAAGGAGGCUGGGAUCAGCAGAGCCACGGGAUUAAGACGGGAUCAUGUGUGAAGUUUGACGUGUUGAGGAAAACCUGCGAGGUCUCUGCCUGGUGUCCAGUGGAAACAAAGAGGAGUCCUCCGAGGCCUGCACUGCUGGCAGCAGCUGAGAACUUCACCGUCCUCAUCAAAAACAAUAUCAGGUUCCCUGCAUUCAACUACAUCCGAAGGAACAUCCUCCCGAACAUGAACGACGCCUACCUGCGAAGCUGUCAGAGAGGAGGAGACCCUCUGUGUCCCAUCUUCAGGCUGGGGGACGUCGUUCGAGAGGCCGGGGAGAAGUUCUCUGAGAUGGCCGUAGAGGGUGGCGUUAUCGGCAUCCUGAUCAAAUGGGACUGCAACCUGGACCGGCUGAUGCAGCGCUGCCUGCCCAGAUACUCCUUCAGACGGCUGGACGAGAAGGAGAGCAACAGGACCCUGUACCCCGGCCUCAACUUCAGAUAUGCAAAGUACAACACAGUGAAUGGAGUGGAGGAGCGGACGCUAUACAAAGCUUUCGGGAUCAGGUUUGACGUCAUGGUGUUUGGACAGGCGGGAAAGUUCAGCUUCAUCGUGCUCAUCAUCUACAUCGGAUCAACGCUGUCGUACUACGCUAUGACGACUUUGAUUAUCGACUGGCUGAUUGGAACCAGAUGUUACUCUGCAGAUGUCGCACAAAACUUCUCAGAGAAGAAAGUGGAGUCAGUCCAGGACAAACAGAAGUGCGUUCUCUGCGUGUCUUACGUCGAUGAAAACAAUAUCCGACUGGUGAAGAUAUCACAGAAGAAUAGUUUACAAGACAUCACACCGAUAUCUGUCCAGUCACACAAGGAGGACACAAGACACCUCGGAGCCUGUGUGCUUCUGCCGGGCGUCAGCAUGGAUCAGGACCAUCAGCCUCCCCUUGACCAUAAAUCUGACCCGGCCCCAAAAUCCAGCCCCCCCGCCUGGUGUAAGUGUGCCCGCUGCACCCCCUCCUCCCUCCCCCAGGAGGAGCUGUGCUGCAGACGGAGCGAGGGCGCCUGCAUCGCCUCGUCUCCUCUGUUCCAGCAGUUGGUGCUGCGUCGCUCCCUGCUGGAGGCCGUCCUCCUGUACCGGGACCCUCUGUCUGCCCCCGCUGGUCCAGGCCACACCGCCCUGCGUCACUGCGCCUAUAGUCAGUACAUCAGCUGGAGGUUUGGGGUCCCACCCAGCAACAGCCACCCUGCCAUCCCCAGCUGCUGCAUAGGGAGAGUCCGGGGAGAGUACCCGAGUCCAGACGGGAAGUACAGUGGCUUCAGGCCCACCAGGAUGGUGUCCAUGCAGGCCUGCGCUAACGGAGAGCUGUGAGAGGAGGGGGUCCACUUUAAAGAUCAAAGACUCCUCCGUUGACUAACCCACUAACAGUGCUGGUACGUUAAAUCUGCCUUACAAAGUAAAAAAAUCAAUGCAUUAACUUUGAAAGCUUGCGUCUAGUCAGAAGGCGAAUGAAAGGAUGACAAAAAUUCUCCAUGAGUCAAUAAAUCACUGCAUUUACUAAUAUC